AGCGAACAUUUGUAGACCGGCAGGGGCUAGCCGCUAGUCGAGUUUAUUCUAGAUUAUUUCACAUGACGUGUACUUUUCUAUUUGGGUUGUCGAUUUAUGUGUAACAACAGUAUUCAAUAAGCGUACGUGGUGAAGCAAGAAGCGAAUUAGUGGCGAAAUAUCCUCGUAUUGCUCGUGUCGUUACGUGUGGAAACAAUCGCAUAGUCUUGUGUCAAAAUUAAACAGUUGAAAGUGCAAACAUUAUGGCGCCGUCAGUGCAAACAUUUCUAAAUUCUUUCAGUAAUUCACUGGAAGCCCCCGUGAGGCAGCACCUGAAAAAUGUCUACGCCUGUUUGGCCAUGUCCACAAUGGCAGCCGCCAUUGGCGCUUCGAUACACUUGUUUACGAACAUAAUCCAGGCCGGGUUCCUGUCGGGCAUCGGGGCUCUGAUCUUCUUCGGGCUGUUGAUGGCAACGCCCGACGAUAACGGCAAGGGGCUCAAAAUGCGCAUCGGCUACCUCCUGGGCUUCACGACGCUGACGGGUGUGGGCAUGGGCCCCCUUCUGGAGCACGUCAUCGCCGUGGACCCCAGCAUCAUCGUCACGGCGCUGAUCGGGACGGCGGUGGUCUUCGUGUCGUUCUCAGUGUGCUCGCUUUUGGCCGAACGGGGCAAAUGGUUGUACUUGGGGGGCACCUUGAUGUCGCUCUUGUCGACGUUGAUGAUUCUGUCGUUGGCGAACCUGUUCUUUGGAUCGUCGAUGUUGUUCCAAAUUCAGCUGUAUUUGGGGCUCUUCGCGAUGUGCGGGUUCGUCCUCUACGACACGCAGUUGAUCAUUGAGAAGAGGAGGUUGGGGAGCAAGGAUUUUGUCACCCAUUCGUUGGAUUUGUUCGUCGAUUUCAUUGGGAUCUUCCGACGUGUACUUAUCAUUCUCACACAGAAGGUAAUUAGAGACAGGAACAGGAAUCGCAGAAGAAGCGAAGAAACUGAGUCAAGCCAUUAAGUGACGGAAGGUUUUAUUUUUGUUAAAUUAGUGAGUGUGGUGUUGUGUAAUGUAUUUUUCCAUUUAUCAUUAUAUGAUACCUAAUGUUAUUUUUGUUUCUUUAAAUGUAAUAUAAAUUUAAGUUAAAUAAAUAAUUUUUCUAA